UGUGUGGGUGCUUUGUACCCUAUUUUUCGUAUAUUGAGCGCCCAACGCUUUUAUCACAAUAGUACUAGUAUUUUUUGUUUAUAAUUAUUUUACGCUUAUUUUAAAAAUUAUUUUUAAUUUUUUAGUUCGAUGUGCUUUAAAAGCGUGUUUUUUUAGUUUUUUUUAACUAUAUUUAUUCUAACACCUAUUGGAUAUUGAUAUAAAUGCAAUCUCAUUUAAUUUGGCAACACUAGCGGUCUGGUUACUAGCUAGGUUCUCGGUCAUCUUGACCGCCUCUAUGUAAGUCAAUUCAAGUUAAUAUUCAGCCGCGCAGUACGUAUUUUUUUUUGUACAUAUUGUCUUUUUCUCUCGUACGCAUAGUGCCGUCGCCAUUUUAUGGUCUUAUUUGCUUUUUAGAAAAUAUUUGACGUGUGUGUAAUUCUGUUGUUCUACGUUUCUUACACACUUUUCUCCAUUACAUUUUGGUUCUCAUCGUCGUCAUCAGCUACGCCAUUAAAUUUUGCACGACCAUUAAUCCAACGUCUUGCCCAUCCAUCUAUUCUUCGAUUCUAUCGGCUCCAACUAAGCUACGCACAAGUUCAAAUUGAUGAAACAUAUGACAAUAUCUAACUUAAUUGGUAAAUAAACAAACGAUAGGUUAUACACCACCAAUAUUUUAGUCAAAUUUUACUACCAUCCGUUUGAUAAGUCUUCACACUAUUAUUUGUGUUCCAAUCAUUGGUUCGAUAAUUUGUGUACUUUUGCCAUUUACGUUUAUUAAUAUUCGCCGCAUAAUUACAUUCACUAAUUCAUCGCGUUUUCAAUAAUCUUAUUUCCAUACAAAGUCAAAUAACUUUUUUAUAUGACGACUAUCUGCUCUCUUUUCAUUAUAUGCAUAUCACCAGCAUACAGUUUAUAGUUGGGCUUAAAAAAUGUCGUCUAGUAUCCUGAAUGAUGGUUUUAUUUCAUUGAAUAUUGACGUUAAUACAAAAAUAUCUAAAAACCACGAUAACCAAUUAUUAGAUGACAGUUCUCAACAAAUUUUAAAACAAAUAAAAGAAAACUAUGAAAGUGUAUUUUCUUGGGGUAUAAAAGAGAAAUGUGGCAGUAACCAAAAUUUGUUGACAAAUAUCAUUGAUAAAAUAACAGAAAAACAUGAGAUGUUAUUAAAUGGAAAAGAAAAUUUUUUUCUUAAAAGAUUUCAUUAUUGUCUCAUUAUUUGUUAUGAACUAUUUCUCGAAGGAAGAAAAGAAGAAUCAUUAAUAAAAAUUAAUGAACUGAUACAAUAUAUGGAAAAAGAGGAAAUUUAUUAUCAAUUUGAAAAUUAUAUUGAUGCCUUUAAGCAUGUUGCUUAUUCUACUCAUAGUUAUAUAUUGACAACUUUGAACAUGAGUUCAAAUAAGAAUCUAGAUGCUAUUAAACAAAAAUCAGCAAUGAAUAAACUGGAGCAAUCAACUCUAUGCGCUAUUAAGUCUAUAGUUUUUGUAGAAUAUCCACCAAAAGGUAAUGAUAUUUCAUUGGAUUUUGCAUUAGAAGCUAAAACACUUAAUUCUGAAGAACCCGAAUGGCUAAAUAUAUGGCUUAAAGCUAAAGGAAGAGUAAGGAGGUUCUAUUCACUAUUUGAAAUGCCUGAUAAAGAUGAAUUUUUGGCAGCAAAUAUUUUAAGCAGCCAAAAAAAUCCAAGAUGUUUAAUUCAAGCUACUAAUGUUUAUAUGGAAGCUGCAAAAUAUCAAAAGCGUCAGAGAAACCGUGUAGAAACCAAAAAAUUAUAUACUAUUUCAUCAGAACUUAUAUUCAAAGCUAUUGAUUUAGUUGGAGAAAAUCUAAAUGAUAUGCAUAUUUGUCUUUUAAUCUGCAUAGAUCUCCCUAAAGAAUACCAUGUACAGGAUAAAAUGAAUGAAAUUAUAAAUAAACUCACCAAAUUUAAUAAUGUAGACAUUGAUUCUGCCUUAGGAAAAUAUUAUUUCAAACAUGAAAAAGAUUAUAUCAAAGCAAAAAUACAUUUAUCGAGAGGUAUGUCUGGUGGAAAUUUUGGAUGUGCAAUGCUUUUGUUAAAAGUGGAUUGUAUUCUACAACCUAUAGAUAAAUUUCCAUUUGUAAAAACUUUAAAUAUGAUGUGUGAUAUUUUCACCAGUCCUAAAUGGCAUCUGAGUCUUAUAUCGCAAAUAUUGCUAUAUGAAUAUUAUUAUGGCAAUGAUCCUAGAACAUUUAUUUAUUAUUUAAGAAUGUAUUUAGAUGAAGAAAUAGAUGAUUCUUUAAAAAAACGACAGUUAAUUCAUACAUACCCAACAUUUAAUGUAAAUACUCUGUUUUUGAAACAAAAUCAGUUUUUAAAUAAUUUAGUUUUAAAAGUUGAAAAUUUAAAAACUUUAAAAUUGUGGAGUGAUGAAGAGAGAUUAAAUAAUAUUGAAACUUUUAAAAUGUUUGAAAAAAUGUUAAAAUUUAAUAUCCUUGACAGCAUUGAUAUAAAUGCAUGCAGUAAAACUAAUGAUAAUUCCAUUCUGAUAAAAUCGGUGAAACCAAAUAAGGGAAGAAUAGGUUCUGGUCGUUUUAUUGGGUCGUUAGACAAAUUUGAAAAUACAAAUCGCCUUGAUAAUUGUAAUAAAACUCGAUGUGAAAGAAAAACCAAAAGACAAAUUUGGCAAUCAGAAAUUAAUAAGAUUGAUAAAAAUAAAAUUAAUUCAAGUUCCAAUAAUAACAUAGAUUCAAUAAAUGAGAAUAAUAAAUCAGGUCCAAGUUAUUGUAAUAAUUUAUUUGACCAUAGCCGCAAAUCUGAAAAAAAAAAUAAUUGGCGUAACAAAGCUCACAAUCAAAAUGUUAAUAAUAAAUAAUCAAUUAUCUUCAUAAAAUCAACUUUUUAAUAAAAUGUUUGCUUCCAUGUAAAAUUUUAG